AGGCUGGGGGUGGGGGGGGGAGGUCAAGCGUAGCCUCUUCUCCUUUACCAAGAUGGCGGCUUGUCCCUGUUUCGCCACAGUUCCUACCUUAUGAGCUUGGUUUCCUUACGCUGAUAAGAGUGGAACAGUAGGCUCCAAAGUGGGGCUUGAACUCACGACCCUGAGAUCAAGACCUGAGCUGAGAUCAAGAGUCGGACGCUCAACCAACUGAGCCACCCAGCAAAAACUGGCAGGCUGACAUAGGCGGCCUCAGGACGGACUCUCUGGCUACUGACCGUUUUGCUGUGGCUCACCCGGAUUGUGCGUAGGCGCGAGAUCAACCAUGAGCUCCGUUGCAGUUUUGACCCAAGAGAGCUUUGCUGAACACCGAAGUGGGCUGAUUCCGCAACAGAUGAAAGUUGCUACUUUAAAUUCAGAAGAGGAGAGCGACCCCCCAACCUACAAAGAUGCCUUUCCUCCACUCCCGGAGAAAUCAGCUUGCUUGGAAAAUGCCCAGGAGCCUGCUGGCGCCUGGAGUAACAAGAUCCGGCCCAUCAAAGCUUCUGUCAUCACUCAGGUGUUCCAUGUACCCCUGGAGGAGAGAAAAUACAAGGACAUGAACCAGUUUGGAGAAGGUGAACAAGCAAAAAUCUGCUUGGAGAUCAUGCAGAGGACUGGUGCCCAUCUGGAGCUGUCUCUUGCCAAAGACCAGGGCCUCUCCAUCAUGGUGUCAGGGAAGCUGGACGCCGUCAUGAAAGCCCGGAAGGACAUUGUCGCUAGACUGCAGACUCAGGCCUCAGCGACUGUAGCCAUUCCCAAAGAACACCACCGCUUUGUUAUUGGCAAAAAUGGAGAGAAACUGCAAGACUUGGAGCUCAAAACUGCAACCAAAAUCCAGAUCCCACGCCCAGACGACGCCAGCAAUCAAAUCAGGAUCACUGGUACCAAAGAAGGCAUCGAGAAAGCUCGCCAUGAAGUCCUACUCAUCUCUGCUGAGCAGGACAAACGUGCUGUUGAGAGGCUGGAAGUGGAGAAGGCGUUCCACCCCUUCAUCGCCGGGCCAUAUAACCGACUUGUUGGCGAGAUCAUGCAGGAGACAGGGACACGCAUCAACAUCCCCCCACCCAGUGUCAACCGGACAGAAAUCGUCUUCACGGGAGAGAAGGAGCAGUUGGCUCAGGCUGUGGCUCGCAUCAAGAAGAUCUACGAGGAGAAGAAAAAGAAGACCACAACCAUCGCCGUGGAGGUGAAGAAAUCCCAGCACAAGUAUGUCAUCGGGCCGAAGGGCAAUUCCUUACAGGAGAUCCUGGAAAGAACGGGAGUUUCUGUGGAGAUCCCACCGUCAGACAGCAUCUCGGAGACUGUGAUACUUCGAGGCGAGCCUGAAAAGCUAGGGCAGGCACUGACUGAAGUCUAUGCCAAGGCCAACAGUUUUACUGUGUCGUCUGUCUCUGCUCCUUCCUGGCUGCACCGGUUCAUCAUCGGCAAAAAAGGGCAGAAUCUGGCCAAAAUCACUCAGCAGAUGCCCAAGGUGCACAUCGAGUUCACAGAGGGUGAGGACAAGAUCACCUUGGAAGGCCCCACAGAGGAUGUAAACGUGGCCCAGGAACAGAUUGAAGCCAUGGUCAAAGACUUGAUUAACCGGAUGGACUACGUGGAGAUCAACGUUGACCACAAGUUCCACAGACACCUCAUCGGGAAGAGCGGGGCCAACAUAAACAGAAUCAAAGACCAGUAUAAGGUGUCCGUGCGCAUCCCUCCUGACAGUGAGAAGAGCAACCUGAUUCGCAUCGAGGGGGACCCACAGGGUGUACAGCAGGCCAAGCGGGAGCUGCUGGAGCUCGCCUCUCGGAUGGAAAAUGAGCGCACCAAGGAUCUGAUCAUUGAGCAGAGAUUCCAUCGCACAAUCAUCGGGCAGAAGGGUGAACGGAUCCGUGAAAUUCGUGACAAAUUCCCGGAGGUUAUCAUCAACUUUCCAGACCCAGCACAAAAAAGUGAUAUUGUUCAACUCCGAGGGCCGAAGAAUGAGGUGGAAAAAUGCACAAAAUACAUGCAGAAGAUGGUGGCAGAUCUGGUGGAAAAUAGCUAUUCAAUUUCUGUUCCGAUCUUCAAACAAUUUCACAAGAACAUCAUUGGGAAAGGAGGUGCAAACAUUAAAAAGAUUCGGGAAGAAAGCAACACUAAGAUCGACCUUCCAGCAGAGAAUAGCAAUUCAGAGACCAUUGUCAUCACAGGCAAGCGAGCCAACUGUGAGGCCGCCCGGAGCCGCAUCCUGUCCAUCCAGAAAGACCUGGCCAACAUAGCCGAGCUGGAGGUCUCAAUUCCGGCCAAGCUGCACAACUCUCUCAUCGGCACAAAGGGCCGCUUGAUCCGCUCCAUCAUGGAGGAGUGUGGUGGGGUGCACAUCCACUUCCCGGUGGAGGGCUCGGGAAGUGACACGGUUGUCAUCAGGGGCCCUGCCUCGGACGUGGAGAAGGCCAGGAAGCAGCUCCUGCACUUGGCUGAGGAGAAGCAAACCAAGAGUUUUACCGUCGACAUCCGCGCGAAGCCAGAAUACCACAAGUUCCUUAUUGGCAAAGGGGGUGGCAAAAUCCGCAAGGUACGUGACAACACGGGAGCCCGCAUCAUAUUCCCAACGGCCGAGGACAAGGACCAGGACCUGAUCACCAUCAUAGGGAAGGAGGAUGCUGUCAGGGAGGCCCAGAGGGAGCUGGAGGCCCUCAUCCAGAACCUGGAUAAUGUGGUGGAAGACUGCAUGCUGGUGGACCCCAAGCACCACCGCCAUUUUGUCAUCCGAAGAGGCCAGGUCUUGCGGGAGAUUGCCGAAGAGUAUGGUGGGGUGAUGGUCAGCUUCCCACGCUCGGGCACACAGAGCGAUAAGGUCACCCUCAAGGGUGCCAAGGACUGUGUGGAGGCGGCCAAGAAGCGCAUUCAGGAGAUCAUCGAGGACCUGGAAGCCCAGGUGACCAUAGAAUGUGCCAUACCCCAGAAGUUCCAUCGAUCUGUCAUGGGCCCCAAAGGUUCCAGAAUCCAGCAGAUUACCCGGGACUAUAAUGUUCAGAUUAAGUUCCCAGACAGAGAGGAGAACCCAGUUCACAGCGUAGAGCCGCCAGUCCAAGAGAACGGCGAUGAUGCUGGAGAUGGGAGAGACAUCAAGGAGGCUGACCCUGGCUCCCCCAGGCGGUGUGACAUCAUCAUCAUCUCCGGCCGGAAAGAAAAGUGUGAGGCAGCCAAGGAAGCCCUCGAGGCACUGGUUCCUGUCACCAUCGAAGUGGAGGUGCCCUUUGACCUGCACCGGUACAUCAUUGGACAGAAGGGGAGUGGGAUCCGAAAGAUGAUGGACGAAUUUGAGGUGAACAUCCAUGUGCCGGCACCAGAGCUGCAGUCUGACGUCAUUGCCAUUACCGGCCUCGCCGCGAAUUUGGACCGGGCCAAGGCUGGCUUGCUGGAGCGUGUGAGGGAGCUGCAGGCUGAGCAGGAGGACCGGGCUUUAAGGAGCUUUAAACUGAGUGUCACUGUGGACCCCAAAUACCAUCCCAAAAUUAUUGGGAGAAAAGGGGCAGUGAUUACCCAAAUCCGCUUGGAACAUGAUGUGAACAUUCAGUUUCCUGAUAAGGACGAUGGAAGCCAGCCCCAGGACCAAAUUACUAUCACAGGGUAUGAAAAGAAUACAGAAGCUGCCCGGGACGCCAUAUUGAAAAUUGUGGGUGAACUUGAACAAAUGGUUUCUGAGGAUGUUCCGCUGGACCACCGUGUUCAUGCCCGUAUCAUUGGCGCCCGUGGAAAAGCCAUCCGCAAAAUCAUGGAUGAAUUCAAGGUGGACAUUCGCUUCCCACAGAGUGGGGCCCCAGACCCCAACUGCGUCACCGUGACGGGGCUCCCAGAGAACGUGGAAGAAGCCAUCGAUCACAUCCUCAACCUAGAGGAGGAAUACUUGGCUGACGUGGUCGACAGCGAGGCCCUGCAGCUAUACAUGAAGCCGCCAGCCCAUGAGGAGUCCAAAGCGCCAUCGAAGGGCUUUGUGGUCCGGGACGCUCCCUGGACUGCAAAUAGCAGCGAGAAGGCCCCUGACAUGAGCAGCUCCGAAGAGUUUCCCAGCUUUGGGGCUCAGGUGGCCCCCAAGACCCUCCCAUGGGGCCCCAAACGAUAAUGAUCAGAAAGCAGAAACCUCUCCAGCCUGCUGACCCAAACCCCACCACACAUGGUUUGUUUCAAUCUGACUCAGCAGCUGGACCCUCCAUAAAUUGUUGACGCUUCCCCCUCCCCGAGGUCUCGCAGUGAAGCUGGGCGCGCCAGCCCCCUGUGUGCGCUCAGGAUCUGCUUCCUGACACCUUUUGCUCUGGGACGGCAUUCCGCUGUUGUGCACACUAACAGAGGUAAUUGGACAUUUCCCUACAAGCCUCCUGGCUCAUCCAGCAUGUCAGUAAGGCUCUGGCCUCCAUUCUGAGAGCUCCACAGCUGUGGCUGAGUCUACUUCCUGUGUCAUGACCUCAGGAAAUAAAUUUCCUUGACUUUAUAAAAGCCAAAA